GAGGAGGAGGAGGAGGAGGAGAUCGGCGCCGCCACCGAGAGAGAAAGUUGCCCAAGGAAGGAAGGAAGGAAGGAGAGAGAGAGAGAGAGAGAGAGUCUGCAGAGGAGGAAGGAGCCCAGCCCCAGCAUCUCUGCAGCCCCAGGGGAGCCAUGCCCAGGAGCUCUGACAGCAGCGACUCCAGCACCUUCAGCCAGGCAUCCUCCUCCUCCUCCAGCAAACAGGAAUCUUCUGACGACAUGAGGAAAGUACAAAGAAGGGAAAAGAAUCGUAUUGCAGCGCAGAAGAGCCGGCAGAGACAGACACAAAAAGCAGAUACCUUGCACUUGGAGAGCGAAGACUUGGAAAGGCAAAAUGCUGCUUUGCGCCGAGAGAUCAAACAGCUGAGAGAGGAAUUGACACACUUCACCACAGUGCUGAAUGUGCAUGAGACUCGCUGCUCCGUCCUCCACACACAGCCACCAGCACCCUCUGAAGUGCUUUACACCUCACUUUCCUUCCCCCAGACCCACAUCAGCUCCCCAUGUUUCCAACCCUGAGAUCAACGGCUGGGAAUGGAAAAAGUCUAUGAACUUCAUUGUGCCUAGACAGAAGUAUGAGGUGUCGCAUACAUCAUCACUGUGGAUAGGCUGGGGCAUUCCCAUGUCUCUGUUGACAGAAACUAGCCAGAUUAAGGUGUGGAAAAUGUCUAAGAUGUGCCCCCUGUGCAGAAACAAGAAAAUGCUGGCUCCAGGGGGGGCUGCAUCUGUGGAUCAGAUUCCGAUCAGAUGAACUCAUGCAGCUUUGUUGUUUGUGCUGAAACCCUUAACAAAGAGCCUUGAUAGAGACAUGUGGGGAAAGAUGACAGAAAAGUGUCUCUCUCCAUGAAAUGUAUGCUUGUGAGUCUACAAAUAGUGAGCCUGGGCUGGAAACGUGCAAAAUCUAAAGCACUGUUGUUGUUGUUGUUUUGGGUUUUUUUAAUAAAGAGUUUAUAUUUUGAA